UCCUUCGCUAUUUCUUUAUACACACCAUACAAAUGGUGGCACACGACGUUUCGUUUUGGCGCUGGAACCAUACACAUUAUUGGCUCAAAUUAGAGAAUUCUUUUUUUUAAUAUGUGCGCAAAAUGUUGGUUGGUGUUUUUUCAAGUGCUCAUUGUGGUGGCCAGUGACAAGGGAGGACCGAGACAAUCAAGGUUUUUCACAUUCAAUACCGUCAAUGAAGACAUCAGGAUAGACCUCGAUUUUUCAGUUCCAUUUAUUAGCAUCCCAGUGAAAAAAACUGUAGAAAACUUUGGCUCCUCAUUGGGGUUACCAACCAUCAACAUCAACCCGGCAUCGCUCGCACUGGGAGGUGUGAUGGUGAUAGCUACUACAGUGCUGAUCCCGUUCUUGGUAAAGAACUACGCCUACGAUUAUCCCCAUAGAAGAUAUGCCAAGUUGCUCCAAGUAGCAGACUUCGAUAACUCCGAAUUUCUAGACUUCGCCAGCCAGAUGCUGUCCGACACCAGAAGCGUGCGCGGGUGUGCGCUCAGAGUGGCCUGCUGGACCGGACAGAUGCCGGACAGUACUGACUUCAUGAGGACAUGGGACCAGGUGUUGAGAAACAAGCUGCUAUCAACAAUGGUGAACGCCACAGCAGUGCACGAUGCGAUGCUAUCCGGCCACGCCGGUCGUGACUGCUCCUCCUACAAACCUUGUCCACUUCAGGAACACCACUUCCCCUUGUUGGUCAAACACGUCACCCGUGUGACCAGAGGGGAGCCAGAAUCUUAGGAAGAACUUGAAGACUUCCUUAGUACAGUCAACAGCACAUCAGGCUGUUUUUAUAGAAAAAUAGCACUAAUAAAGACUGCAUAAGAUGUAACGGUGUUUAGCCUUUGUGCUGUUGUCUGUACUUCUUACAAGAAGCUGUUCACUCGUUUAGAAUCGACCCUGUUUUGUUAUUUAUUUGUACUAUGAAUAUUUUAUUAAACGUUAAGGUUUGGUUCUCAUCAGCUUCA